ACAAAAUAAAGUAUAAACCUAACCUUUGUUUGUAACCUUUCCUUUCGUUUGUUAUUGUUUUUGAAAAAAUAUUUUCGUUUUGUAUCAAAAUAUAAAUUCCACUUAGUUCCCUAAUCUGUGCUUAGUGUGUGAAACAAUUUAUUACAAAUUUACCCACUACUACUAUCGAAUUACUUAGACGUGAACACAACGAGACUAGAAGACCUAGAAGUGCAUAGGAUAAUUAUUUUUAUAAGUAGUAAAGUACGAAAUGGUUGUUUGCAAGUUUUUUCAACAAGGCUCCUGCCGCUAUGGCCAAAGUUGUAGAUUUGAGCAUGUGUAUAGUUCAAAAUAUUCGUAUCAAGCGGGCGCGGGCGGGGGCGCGGGCGGCGCGGAGGCGGUGUCGGACGAGCAGCUGGCGGCGCAGGCGGCGGCGGACGCGCGCGCGGCGCUGCGCGGCGGUCAGUGGCUGCUCUCCGCCUACGCCCCCUUCAAGGAGAAGGCGAACCUGCCGGGCCUGCGCGACGUGUCCCCCGAGGAGGCGCGCCUCGCCGUCUACGAGGCGCGGGCCAACAACACACUCAACCAAACUAUUACUCAAUUCAAUAAUCUACUUCAGGAAGCUAAAUCUAAACAUGAACAACUUCUUCAACCAAGCCCCAGUUUAGUGAGCACCCUGCGCAGUCUGUACCGGGGGGAGCCCGUCGCGGCGCCAUUCGCCAAUACACAAAAUAAUUCUACAGCUUCAUCUUUAUUCAGGAGCGCAGCACAAAGUAAUUCAGUAUUUGGACAAAGCAGUGCAUCAGCAUUUGCAACACCCACUGAGAAUGUGGCAGCCAAAUCAAUAUUUGCACAAGCUAACCAGAAUGUUUUUGGAGGCACCCAACAGCAAUCGAACCCUAGCAGCAUUUUCGCCAGUGCAUCUCAACAGUUAUUUGGGCCACCAGCACCGACCCCCACCUUCGGCCAACAGAACCCUUCAUUUGGAGCUGCCCAGUCGGCAAAUGUCUUUCAAAAACAAGAAGCACCUAGUCAAUCUGUGUUUGGACAAAACAAUAGUGUAUUUAAUCAACAAAAUAGUAAUAAUACAUUUGCCCAAAAUCCCAGUAAUGUGUUUGCGCAAGCCAAUGCAAACAGCUUCUUUGGCCAGCAGCCUCCUGCAGCGGCGCCGAGUGUGUUUGGUUCAGCCGCGGCGGGGGCGGCGGCGGGGGCGGGGGGGGCGGCGGGCGCGUACUCGGCGGCGGACGAGCUGGCGGCGGAGGAGCUGGCGUCGUUCAGCGCCGCCGAGUUCACUCUGGGGCUCAUCCCAGAGCGCGCGCCGCCGCGGGAGCUGUGUGUGUGACCAGCUGACGGGCGGGACAACUAGCGUACACAACAAGGAUUCAAGGACCCAAAUUACAAGCCUCUGACAUUACGAGUCACUUUGUGACUGAGGUGGAGGAAGUAAAUAAAUAACACAGAUGUACAAAUACAA